AUGAACCCGUCGUAUCCGGGCUCCUCGGGCGACCGCCACGGGCCCCCGUCGCUCAGCUCGGCGUCCAGCGCCGGCCUGGGGGGCAAGGGCUCGGUCCCGCAGCAGCAGCAGCCGCAGCAGCACAGCUACCACCCGCAGCCGUCGCUGGCGCAGCUCGGCCACCUGCACCCGCUGCACGGCGGCUCCCAGCAGGGGCCUCCGCAGCAGCCGCAGCACUCGAUGAUGCACCCGGGCGGGCCCGUGCUGCCGCCCCCGCCGCUCCCGGGAUCGCUGGGCGGAGGCGGCUCCUCGCGCUCGCCGCACCCGCUCUCGGGCUCCAUCCUGCACCCGCCGCGCGGCAACCUGGGGGGCUCCUCCAGCGGGCCGUCCGUGCUGGGCAAACCCGCGGGCUCGCAGGGCCCGCCGCCCUCCAGCGCCGCCGGCAUGAUGGGCCACUCGGUCCGCAUGCAGGCGCCCAGCAUGAGCCAGAGCAUGGGCAGCGUGCAGCAGUCCAUGGCCCCGACGUCCGGAGGCCUCAAGCCGCCGUCGCAGGGCUACAGCGUGCGCCCGCAGUCGCCCCCUCGCCGCCCAGUGGAGACGCAGCAGCAACAGCAGCAGCAGCAACAACAGCAACAGCAAGUGCCCAUUCAGCAGCACUACGGACUGGACGGACGCAUCAUCCCGAACGACCAAGUGGACGGGGAGUACUACCAGCAGCAGAACAUGCAGGGCCCGCCCCCGCGCCAUCGCGAGCUGCGCGUGGAGGACGCGCUGCUGUACCUGGACCAGGUGAAGCAGCAGUUCGGAGACCAGCCGGAUAUCUACAACCAGUUCCUGGACGUCAUGAAGGACUUCAAGGCGCAGGCGAUUGACACCCCGGGCGUCAUCCUGCGCGUGUCCACGCUCUUCCGCGGCUACCCGAACCUGAUCCUGGGCUUCAACACGUUCCUGCCGCCAGGAUACCGCAUCCGACCUGAUACGUCCAUUGAGGUGAUCCCCUCGCAGAUGGGCGGACGUGGAGGCGUGCAGCAGUCCAUGUACUCGGGAGUGGGCGCACAGCAGUCGUCGAACGCCAACAUGGGCCACCGACCGCCUCCGGUGACGAUCCCCCCGCCGCCGUACUCGCCCCCGGAGCUGCACAAGCCGACGCCCUCGUCCCGUCAGCAGUUGGCCCCUGCUGGCCAGAUGAAGGCUGGCGGGAAGCCCAAGAAGCAGCAGCAACAGGCUCCGACCCCCAGUGGCGGCAACGCCGCCGCGCGCAGCUCGACGAACCCGGUCGAGUUCGACCACGCCAUCCACUACGUGACCACCAUCAAGCAGCGCUUUGCUGACGAGCCCGAGACGUACAAGGAGUUCCUGGCCAUCCUGCACACGUACCAGAAGGAGCAGCGCUCGAUCCGCCAAGUGCUGGACCAAGUCUCGCACCUGUUCCGUGACCACCCGGAUCUGCUGCGCGAGUUCACGUUCUUCCUGCCCGAUGCAGUGCAGGAGCAAGCCAAGGAGCGCUUGAACCGCGCGGCUGAGAAGGCUCAGCAACGCAAGGACCAGAUGGCUCAGAAGGCUCGCAAGUAUGGCACGUCGUCGCAAGGUUACCAGCAGUCGGACCGACGAGACGACCGUGGCGCGGACUCGCCGUCCAGCGCUGCGAUGAAGGGCGGGCGUAUGAUGGUUGAAGAUGAAGACGCGUACAUGAAGUACGGCAAGAAGGGAAGCGGCAGAGGCUACAAGGACGACGACCACCGCCUCAGUGGCAAGGCGCUGGAGCGCCGUGAGAAGGAGCGUGAGCGCGAACGCAACCGCGCUCAGUUCAACCAUAAGCGUGCUAAGCGCCGUCCGUACGAUGGAAAGGAACGUCGUGCGUACCUGGCGAUUUCGGACGUGCUGCUGGAUAAGGAGGAGUGGAAUAUCUUCGAGAAGAUCAAGAAGAUUCUGCCGUCUCGCGACAACUGGCGCGAGUUCUUGAAGUGCCUCGAGUUGUACAGUCAGGAGGUGCUCGACCGCAACGAGAUGCUGUCGCUUAUCAGGAAUCUGUUCGGUCGCCACACCGAGCUGGUGGAAGAGUUUGACCACCUCCUGUGCUCCCACGGCGUGCAGAAGACCCCGAAGGAAAUCUGGCCGUUUAUUCCGCUGGCUGAGACGGACCUGUCACAGUGCCGCCGCGCCACUCCGUCGUACCGCGGUCUGCCGGCGAGUUACCCGAUCCCGCCCUGCUCCCACCGCUCGGCUCUCGAGAAGCAAGUGUGCAACGACUCUUGGGUGUCUGUGCCUACUGGAAGUGAAGAUUUUUCGUUCAAGAGCAUGCGCAAGAACCAAUACGAGGAGGCCCUGUUCAAAUGUGAAGACGAGCGAUUCGAGAUCGACAUGGUGAUCGAGGCGAAUGCAUCCACGAUCAGCGUUCUUGAGCCCUUGGCGCACGAGAUCGAGGUGCUCAAGAAGAGCAACGGCGACGACGACAAGAUGUGGAACUAUGUGGUGGACAAGGGCACGUUCCGUGUUACGCACCUGAACGCUAUCACCCGAAUUUACGGCGACGCUGGUACUGAAAUCUUGGACUUGCUGCGUAAGUACCCGGCGGGAGCGAUUCCCGUGAUCCUCAAACGCCUUAAGCAGAAGGACGAAGAAUGGCGUCGCGCACGCGAAGAUCUUAACCGCCAGUGGAAGGAGGUGAACGAGAAGAACUACCACAAGUCCCUGGAUCACUCUAGCUUCUACUUUAAGCAGAAGGACAAGAAGCAGACGAGUAUGAAGAUGAUGAUGCAAGAAGCUAAAAAGAAGCUCGAGGCUGACGAGAAGCGCAUUGAAGAAGCCAAAACGACGGAGUCAAGUGCGUCACCGUCUACUGUUUCAGCCACGGCCGAAGUAGUCAGCGCAAAGGCCCCUCCGCAGGCGUCAGAUAUCGCUGAUGCGCUUCGGAAGGAGCAAUCCUCUGCUGCAGCUAAGAUUCCGGCUGCAGAUGGCAAGGUUGCGGCGGCGUUGUCGCAGCCUGUAUCCUCGGGCAAGUGGAAGCCCCACUUUGUGUACAAGUUCGCGUCAGUUCAGAUCCACAAGGAGGCGUUUGGAUUGCUGUCGUACGCUGCUGAGAAGAAUCUGAGCGUGGCGGAUAAGGAGAAGAUCUCCAAGGUGUGGCAGGCGUUCUUCUUCCCGUUUUUCCACCUGGAGGAAGAGUGGCUUGUGCGCAAGCCACAGCGCACUACGGUCACGCUGGAAAAGGCGAAGACCCUUUCCGUUGGUACUGAAGUGAGCACGGAGUUUGGUGAGGGAACUGUGCAGCAAUACAACAAGGAGAAGGGCUACUUCACGAUUAACCUGGCUGCAAUCGGGUGCCAGGCGUACUUGCAGCCUGGUGCUCUCACCAUCCAAGAAGCCGCAGAUUUCCCGCCUGGUCUUCCUGCGCUGGACAGCAAGCAGGAUGCCGCCAAGGUGAAGGCCGACUACAAGUCUCUAUUCUACGGCAACCAGCACGCCUAUGCGUUCCUGCGUUUGUACCAGGUGCUGCACAACCGACUUGAGCGUGCGUUCGACCUGUGCGAAAAGGCAAAGCGCAACCGCAACCGGCGCACGAUUAACCCUGCAGCGCGCGCACUGGCUCACGCCCACCACUCGCUGUCAGCAUCGACCAAGGAAAAGACCGGCGACUACCAGGCGUUUGUUUCGAAGCUGUAUUCGCUGAUUGACGGAUCGGUUGACAACUCCAAGUACGAGGACUCCUGCCGUAGCCUCAUGGGAUCGACGUCGUACUUCUUGUUCACUAUGGACAAGCUGGUGACCCUGGUUCUCAAGCAGAUGCAACAUCUCGCGAACGAUGAUACCUGCCAAGAGCUUACCAAGGCGUUUACCGAGGUACAGGGUGAGCCUAAGCCGUCGACGGACCCCGCAGGUGCUGAAGCCAAGGCGACGGCGUACCUCAACAAGACCAAGUCCAUUUUCGAAGGCGAAGGUGCGUUCCGCAUCGAGUUUAACCCUGGUGUGCUGCGCAAGACUCCUCUGGAGGCCCGUGGCGGCACCACGCCAUCGGGAGCGUCUGAACCCUUCAAGAUUUGGGCUCCAUCGCCGCGCGUGAAGGCCCCUGAAUCCAGCAAGUGGCUUAUUGAACCGGAACUAGCGAUCGAGUACUUGGGUUCUAUGGACGACGAUGGAGAUGACGACGACGAUGAUGACGAUGAUGAAUCGCCGAGUGCCACGCCGAUGGACACGCCGUCGGCAACACCCAUGUACGGCUCGCCCGUGCAUGACACACCUGUGCACGAGUCGCAGGAUGACGACGACGAUGAACCAAUGGAAGAAUCCAAGGAAGACGACGAUGUCAAGAAGGAGAUUUCAACACCAGCAUCGUCUGGAAGUGUCGAGCAGAGCGAUAGCGCCAGCGCCUCGUCAGAUGAUGCGCGCGCCGCCAGCGCGGCGAAGGCCUUGGAGUCAGCAACUUUGCUGAAGAAGCGCGCCCGCGAUUCAGAUGAUGAGGAGGGUGCUGUGUCAGAGACUUCUCCAUCUACAUCUUCCACGGCUGCGGAGGUAUCAGUUGCGGCAAAGAAGGCGAAGACUGAGGCCGAGGCGUCGAAUGCUGAGAGUUCUGCUGAUACUGUCCAGUCGUCUGCACGUGCUUCUCAGGAGGAUGACCCGAUGACUGGAGGAAACGAGAAGCCGGUUGCCUCUGCUUCAUCCACGCAAUUCAACACUCAGGAAGUGAAGCUAGAGAAGACGCAGGAGCAGACUCAAGAACGGGAACAGAGAGUGGAGGUCGAGAGGCAGACAGUGGAUAAGCCCAAGGAGCAGCAGGCGCCAGCUCUCGACAAUGUCAAGUCCGAGCGACCUAGUGGCAGUUCUGCGGCUGCGCCCUCUGCUGCUUCUACAGGUGAUGUGAAGACUCACGCGUCAAAUAUCGUGUCUUUAUCGGGAACGAGUGAUGACAAGAGGAAGGAUUAA